AUGAAUGCUGCUAUCACUGGUGCAUGGAGCAAACAGCGCACGCGCAUAUCUCUGAAUGGCACUCCUCCCACUGGAAGUGCAGCAGCGGCAGCUGCACAAUCUCGUGCAGAAUGUAAACAGGAGGGGCUUGAAAACACGCCUGGCGAAGUUGCACCCUCGGAUAAGAAAGACAAAAGCAUGAAACGGAAAGCUCGAUCGUCACGGGAACAGGUAUCUAAGCGAGGAAAAAUGAAAUCUUUGUCUGCAGACGACAAGUACGCGGCUCCCCCGACACGUUUGCGCGACAUUGGUGGCAUGGCUGCAGCUAUUGAGAAAGCUUUGGAGCUAGUGGCUAUGCCUCUUUGCCAUCCAGAAAUUUACCUUCACACAGGUGUCACGCCGCCGCGUGGCGUCUUGUUUCAUGGACCACCGGGGUGUGGUAAAACUAUGAUGGCGGGGGCUUUGGCAGGUGAAUUGGGUGUACCCUUCCUAUCGGUUAGUGCUCCAUCAAUUGUGUCUGGUACUUCUGGAGAGUCAGAAAAAGCUUUGCGGGAUACCUUUGACGAAGCCAAGAGCAUUGCUCCAUGUAUUCUAUUUGUGGAUGAAAUUGAUGCUAUUACACCAAAACGUGAAACAGCGCAGCGUGAAAUGGAACGCCGCAUUGUUGCUCAGCUCUUAACAUGUCUCGACGAACUUGCUUGGGAGAGAGAAGAGGGACAACCCGUUAUGGUACUUGGUGCCACGAAUAGACCUGAUGCGAUUGAUCCUGCGCUCCGUCGUGCGGGCCGUUUUGACCAUGAAAUCUCACUCGGUGUUCCUGAUGAACAUGGGCGUGAACAAAUUCUUCAAGUUCUUUGUGCCAAACUUCGUUUGGCGGGUGAUUUCAAUGUCAAGUAUCUUGCGAAGCGUACACCUGGUUAUGUUGGAGCUGACUUGACUUCGCUGACUGCUGCUGCAGGGAUCAUUGCCGUAAAGCGUAUAUUUCAGUAUUUACAUGACACGCAAGAAUCAAUGCAGUGUGAUGAUGAAGCCCCAAUCGAGUAUAAACAAGUUGCUACUAAGACACAAGUUUCAAACGAGGAUCAAGAAUCAGAAGUUGAAAGGAAGCUCAUCAAAGAAGAGGAAGGCCGAAUUUUGGCAGGACCAGGGUUCUUGGAAGGUCUUCCUGAUUCAGUGCAAUCUUCAUCCAUUGCCAUGUUCUUGAAGCGCUUCGUGAAUCCUUUAUCGAAUGAGCAGCUUGAGCACUUGGCCAUUACCAAUGAUGACUUUCUGGAAGCUCUGAAAGUUGUACAGCCUUCCUCGAAACGUGAAGGCUUUGCAACUGUUCCAGACGUGACUUGGGACGACAUAGGAGCCUUGCACCAGAUCCGGGAGGAGCUUAGCAUGGCUGUUGUGCAACCAAUAAGACGCCCUGAAUUGUUCCGCUCCCUAGGCAUUAGUGCAAGCUGUGGCGUGUUGUUAUGGGGUCCCCCUGGAUGCGGUAAAACACUGUUAGCCAAAGCUGUUGCUAAUGAAAGUCGCGCCAAUUUUAUCAGUGUCAAAGGCCCUGAACUACUGAACAAAUAUGUUGGCGAAAGUGAAAAAGCGGUCCGACAAGUAUUUGCUCGAGCGCGAGCAUCAUCUCCGUGUGUCAUUUUCUUUGAUGAGCUUGAUGCGCUUGUGCCGCGUCGCGAUGAUACUUUGUCCGAAGCAUCAGCACGAGUUGUCAACACGCUUCUUACAGAAUUAGAUGGGCUUGAAUCUCGUGUUCAAACGUAUGUUAUUGCAGCAACAAAUCGCCCGGAUAUGAUCGACCCAGCUAUGUGUCGUCCUGGCCGACUAGAUCGACUCUUGUAUGUCGACUUGCCGUCGCCUGAUGAACGCCUAGAUAUCCUACAAGCACUUACGAAAAUGUCACCUUUGGCCACAAGUACUGAUCCACAAGAUCUCGAGCACCAACCAGUGCGACUUGAACUGAUUGCACAUGAUCACAGAGCAGAUGGAUAUAGUGGAGCUGACUUGGCUUCAUUGGUAAGGGAAGCUGCCGUGACAGCGCUGCGCGAGAAAAUUGUAUCGCCACUCCAGUACACUGAUGACUCAGAACCUGUAGAGCGUGUACUUGUGUAUCAAAACCACUUCGUACACGCCUUCGACAGAGUUCAGCCCAGUGUGACGCCCGAGCAGCGUCUAAAGUAUGAAGCGUUGCGUAGUCGAAUCGCCUCAGGCUCUACACGAAGUGGCCAAGCACUCAAGUAG